ACGACCGGCUCAUCGCUGUUUGGCCAGCCCGCGCAGCAACAACAACAGGCCCAGAGCAACACCACAACGACAGGUGGAGGAGGUGGACUGUUUGGUGGCGGUGGUGGUGGCGGCGGGCUUUUUGGCGGCGGGCAGCAGCAACAGCAACAGAAGCCUGGGGGUCUUUUCGGAGCAGCAACAACAGCGACACCACAGACUGGCGGAGGUCUGUUCGGAGCAGCCACGACAGCUACACCACAGGCCACCACGGGCGGCCUUUUUGGACAGGCAGCGACGACUCAGAACCAGCAGACUCCUACACCCGGUGGUGGCCUGUUUGGAAACACCCAGAAUGCGGUCGCGCAGCAGCCAAAGCCUUCGCUGUUCGGCGGCUCAGCACUGACCGGGCUUGGUGGUGGCACUACAGCCGCGAAGCCUUCUCUGUUUGGGGCUACAAUGGCUGCCCCGGCUCAGCAGAGCACAGCCUUGCCUUUGACGGGCGGCCUUUUGGGCGGCCAGGCGCUGACUGCCCAGAACAACAACACGACGAGCGCGGCAGCCCAGCCCGCAGGCGCCUACUUCGACAGCCUCUUUGCGAAGACCCAAAAGGCCGGCGUCGUUAAUGCAAACAUGGAAGAUCUCCCUAGUCUGGAGCUGGGCUUGGGCGACUUGCGCCAUCGGUUGAGAAAACUACAAUCGAAACAGACCGAAAGAGCGGAUGGAAAGGCUCACUAUCUUCUUGCCGCUUCGGGCGUGGAUCCUAGUACUGCGGCCAAGGACCUCGGCCUGCUCGAUAUUCAAGGUGCACGAACCGAACGACCAACACAUGGCUAUCCUCCGGCUGAUGUCGAUGUCGAAACCUACUUGUCGAACCUGCAGACGAAAACGACCCUCAGCAUGAUUCAGGAUGGCCUGGAGCGGUCAUUACGCGAUUUCGAUAACUUUCUGGAAGAUAAUGUGGCUAUGGAGUGGGAUGCGCAGCGAAAGCGUAUCUACCACCAUUUCGGCAUCAAGCCCAGAGAGACGUCAGUAACGGCAGGUCGCGAGUCUCAAGGCGGAUUUGGAAAGUCUCGACGCGGAAAGACUCAAGGGAGCACUCCACGCGAUGCUCGUAGCAGCACGUUUGGUACCUCGACUUUCCAGCGAUCAGUUAUCGGAGCGCGAUCAAGGAUUGGGGCUCAUCAAUCUGAAUUCGCCGAUGUCGAACGAGCUACUGACGGCGCUAGCAAAUCAAGAAAUGAAGAUCAGGCCCUCCGUGAACGACAGUCGAAGCUGGCUGAGAAAGUUCGCAGCCUCAACGCUUCACGUUUGGUUGGCCGCCCUUACCCCAUCUUGGCCGAACUGGCAGAAAUUGAGCAAAAGUCCCACGAGCCCCAUGCACCUCACAUUGUGGAGGCAUACCGCGCCAUGAUUGAGAUUGUUGGUGAAGAUGCCGAUGCCGAGACGUCGCUUAGCGGCAACACGGCCAAGGAGCGCCAGUUCGCCGAGAUGUAUCUGGAUGAAAACCCCAACUCUCAGCUUUCAAUUGAAAUGAGGAAGCGCAUCUUGAGCGGCGCCAAUGCUUUCCUCGAGAAGCAGUUCUUGCGUGAGGUGGAGUCUCUCAUUGCCAAGCAUCCUCACGAGGCCAAGCUGGGUGGUCUGCCUGACAUCACUAGUAAGAUCAAGGCAUACAUCCGCUUGCGAUCAGCUAGAAAGGAUUUGGUUCCGGACAACACUGAGCUUCAGCAAAUCCAUGGCGAGUAUGUUUGGGCCACUGUUUUCUAUCUGAUCCGAUCUGGUCAUGUAAACGAUGCUGCCAAGUAUGUCAACGACAAUAGCAACCACUUCCGAGGAAUCGAUCGCACGUUUUCGACAUACCUCAACAACUAUGCUGCCAGUGAAGAUCGCAGAAUCACUAACAGGAAGCUUCUCGACCGCUGUACGAACGAAUACAUCCAACGAUCCCGCAACGCCCCAGAGAACACAAUCGACCCCUUCCGCAUGGCCUGUUACAAGGUCAUUGGUCGAAUUGAGCUGAAUAACCGAAAUCUAGAUGGCCUCAACACCGACAUUAACGACUGGAUUUGGCUGCAGUUCAACUUGGCCAGAGAGGGCGACAAGGCACUGGAGAUGGCCGGGGAAUCGUACGGACUGGCGGAUCUUCAAAAUAGCAUCAAGGAGAUUGGCCAGAAGCACUUCCCCAAGACUACCUCUGACGAUAACAACGGCAGCUGUGGCAUGUACUUUUACCUGCAGAUCCUAUCUGGCAUGUUUGAGGACGCUGUUUCCUAUCUCUACCCAUUUUCCUAUGUCGACGCAGUUCACUUUGGUUUAGCUCUUGAGUUUUACGGCCUGCUUCGCCCCAGUGACCCGAUAUCUGCCUCCAACGACUUGCGCACACACAGCAUCAAGGGUCUUCCACAAAUCAACUUUGGCCCCAUGAUCGGCUACUAUACUCGAGAUUUCCGAGCUGCUGAUGCUGUCUCUGCGGUUGAUUAUCUCACAUUGAUCUGCCUAAACGCAGAUCUUGGUGGAGAAGCUGGAGAGCGUCAUAGCGGCCUUUGCCACGAGGCAUUGCGAGAACUGGUGCUGGAGACACGAGAGUUCAGCAAGCUCAUUGGAGAUAUUCGGCCUGACGGCCGUCGCAUCCUGGGUGUUAUUGAGGGCCGUGGCCCGCUAAUUGGCCUCGAUGGUCAGGAUGACUUUGUCAAUACCGUCACUCUACAAGCCGCCAGCUUUGCUGAUGAGAAUGGUCGAAUCACUGACUCAGUACUGCUCUAUCACCUUGCCGGCGAGUAUGACGCAGUCGUGGCCAUUGUCAGCCGUGCUCUCAGUGAGGCCAUCUCCCUGGAGAUUGGAGAGGACCCAAUGCGUCUCUUGCCCGUUAAGCCAAGGGGUGGCAACAACCAGGAGUCAGAGCAAGGCGGCAGCCUUAGCUUAGCGGCCAUCGAUGACCCUGUUGAGUUGGCCAAGACGAUGAUGACCAUGUAUGAGCGCGACGCAAUGUUCUACCGCAACAUUCAGGACCAGAACAAGGUUGCUUGCCGCGUUUUGCUUGAGAUGAGUAGCAUUAAGAGCUUGGUGGAGGCUAGCCAGUGGGCUCAAUGUCUUGACAAAAUCCGUGGCUUGGACAUUCUCCCUCUCGAGGCCGGCGGCGAUGCCAGCACAAUCCGAGCCUACGCUUCCAAAUUCUCUAGCCUCUCACAGCCGGUCUCUAUCAAUGUGCCUAACCUGAUUAUGUGGACCAUCAUCAGCUGCGUCAGGCAGAGAGAGCAGCUGGUCAAUGGCCAGUUCAGCGGCAACGAGGGCACCAGGAAGAUGAUGGUAGAGCAGCUGAAGCAGAUGAUUUUGGAUUUGACGACGUACACGAGUCAACUGCGGUACAGGUUCCCGCCGCACCUGCAUGAGGCGUUGGCGAGGGCAUCUGCAGAGUAAAUGAUGGGAGGGGACAGAUAGAUGGAGAAACAUAAACGAGAGAGAAGAGACUGAUGAUGACUUUUGUUUGAUACACUUAUGAUUGGGCAGACCGAGUGAGCUGUGGGCAUGAGAUGGAUGUAUGAAGGGGUUUGGGGGAUUAUUAAUGGGAACAAACAGUCUGGAUCUAUUCACGCUAGGUACUUAUCGUAAUUGAAGAUGGACUCUUUUGAGUUGAACUUGUAUGGAUUACCACUA